CGGUUCUGUUCAAAUCUACAGACAGAGACGUUUAUAACGGUAAAAAUAAAUGCACUUGUUAUUUGUAGGUUGUUCUGUUUAGAUAUCGAUUGUAAAAGGGAGACGUUUGCACCGAGUCUCUGCUAGUGCAGUCCACUGCUGUCAGCGAACAAUGGCAGAGGGAGAGGUGGAGUGGGAGUUAUGCAAAGAGAACAUCCGGCCUCUGAGACGUGGCCGAGCAAUCUCCGCCCUGCAUCAAGCACUCACCCAGCAGCAAGAGGGCACCACUAGUGCUAUCAACCAACAAAAACAAACAUAUGAAUUAGAGCUGCGGAUGUAUGAUGGAGAUGACCCUCUUGAUGUCUGGGAUAGAUACAUAAAAUGGAUAGAACAGACUUACCCACAGGGUGGUAAGGAGAGCAGUUUGACUCUUCUUCUGGAAAGAGCAGUCAUGAAGUUUACAGAAGAAAAAAAGUAUCACAACGAUACCCGUUAUGUCGACCUUUGGAUCAAAUUUGCAGAAGACUGUUCUGAUCCGCUGGAUGUCUACCGGUACAUGCAAGCUCAGGGUAUAGGGACAAUGCAGGCAUCUUUUUACAUUGCAUGGUCUGAAGAAUAUGAAAAAAUUGGAAACUCACGGAUGGCUGACAGCAUAUUCCAAGAAGGUUUAAAGUGUGGGGCGGAACCUCUAGACAGAUUACAGCAAUUUCACAAAGCAUUACAGGCACGUGUGUGUAGGCAGAUGAUGACAUCAGUGCUUGAUCAGGAAACAGAUGAGCUUCCAGAGCCUCAGAGGGCAUCACUUACUGAACUGAAAGCCAAGGGAAAGAAAAAAGCUGUUGCUCCUGUCAAUAGGGUGACUGGAAGAGUUGGUUUUGCCAGGGGUCUGCAGUUUAAACAACCACUUGGGCCAAGUCACAACAGUCGACUUGUGAUCUUUGAUGAGAAUAAAGAGCACCCUGAGGCUCAGGAACUCGAAUUAGAAAGUUGGGCAGCCCCUCCAGCUGCUAAGGCCAAGGAGAAUGAACAGAAACCUGAUAAAUGGACCAAUGCUAAGUUGCCACAGAAGUCCAGGUUUGGCCAUAGUGUUGUCGCGCCACCUCCAAAGCCAAAUUUCCAGCCCUUUGUGGAGGAGAAUGAUCAGCCUCCUGUGGUAACUCCAUGUAAGAUCAACCCAGCAGUGAAUACUGUACUUUCAGCAAGGAAGCCACGUCCUGAGGCGCAAACGCCGCUGAAGAGGCUACAAGAGAGGCAGCAGCACAUGCAGCUCCAGCAAGAUGAGGAAGACAAAAGUGGAGAGAAGAGCAUGUACUGCAAGGAUCUGCUGUCCAGUGGCGUCACUGAGUUUUCCUUUGAAGAGCUGCGUGCUGAGCGAUACCGCCAGAAAUGCAGCCAGAGACCGGAAGCUGCCAGCAGUGAAGCAAGCAGCAAAGAACCACCACACACUAGUCAAGAGGACUGACGGGAGCAAAUCAGCAUGUCGAUGAUCUCGAAUCUGAAUUGGCCUCUACAGUCAAUGUUGGUUUUUAUUUUUAUGUUGGUUCUGUUUGUACAGAAGAAACAGAAUCUGAGAAAUCUUCCAAAAAGUGAUAUUUGUGGUGUGAUUUGAAUAUGGGCAAUGUAUCAGUACCUGAGACUUUCUCAUUCAAAUACACUGUUGCUUGACUGAU